CUGGCUUUCAUCUACUAUAAAAUCCCUAGCAGCCCUUCAAUUUCUGCUCCAUAAAAUACACUAGUACUCCAUCUCCAUAUACAUGUCCAUGGUGGUCGCUAACGCCACCGCCAAAACCUCAAUCGAAGACGAGACGUCGGGAGCGGCGGAGCUCCGAAGGGGCCCAUGGACUCUCGAGGAAGACACUCUCCUCAUCAAUUACAUCGCUGCCCACGGCGAAGGCCGCUGGAAUCUCUCUGCCAAAUGCGCCGGAUUGAGGAGGACUGGGAAGAGUUGCAGACUGAGGUGGCUGAACUACUUGAAACCCGACAUCAAACGCGGAAACCUAACUCCACAAGAACAGAUCUUAAUCCUUGAACUCCAUUCCAAAUGGGGGAACAGGUCACUUUUAAACAAGUUAUUGAUUCAUUGUUUGCUUAUUAGUUACCUGUAGAUUGCAACUGUGAUCUUAAACCACCAAAUUUUGGAAUGAGAGGAAAAAUUAAUCAUGUCCUUGAUUUUCCUUUGCAUUUUAUUCCGAAUUGAGAAUAUACAACACACCCAAUAUGAAUCCCACAAAAGUAGGGUUCGGAAAGGGUGUGCGCGCACACCUUACACCUACUGUGAAGUAGAGAGACUAUUUCACGAUUUGCUAUGUAUGUUCUUGAAUAUCCAUUAGGAUGGAGGGAGUGAUAUAAUAUUCAUGUUUCGAAUUUUAAUGGGAUUCAAAAAACCCUUAAAUAUGUAGCUAGUUUUGGUUUCCCAUAAUGUUUGUCUGUGUGCGUGACGAUUUGCUAGGUGGUCGAAAAUAGCACAGCAUUUGCCGGGAAGAACAGAUAACGAGAUCAAGAAUUACUGGAGGACGCGGGUCCAGAAGCAAGCCAGGCAGCUCAAGAUCGAUUCGAAUAGCAACAAGUUCAUUGAAGCCGUUAAGAGGUUUUGGAUGCCAAGAUUGGUUAUCGAUAAGAUAGACCAUACUUCCUCUUUGAUGUGUUCUCCUUCUCCAUCUUUUUCAUCAUCUUCUUCUUCUUCGAAGCCUAGCCCGAACGACCCACUUCCCAAACUAACCCCAAACCAUGAAAGUUCAGGAACCCAUGAAAUGGCAAAACCAGAGAACUCCAAGCAGGAAAAUGCAUGCAAUACUUGUGUGGCAACAGGUUAUGAGUCUAGGAGUGUGUUUGAGGAAGACGGGUUCGGCCACCUUGCCACGUCAGCAUUCGACGCUUCCAUGUUGGAAUGCCAGCUGGCGUUUGACGAUUGGUUCGGGGCUGAGGUGGCAGAUUCCUUUUGGAGCAUUGAUGAGUCCAGGCAAGCAGCAGAAGAAGAAGUUGGAGGGGAGUGGGUUCUGAGUUGAAGUCCCCUUUGGUAGGGUGGGUGCAAUGCCAAAAAAGAAAGAAAAAUGAUAGCAAUAGAUAAGAAAGAGUUGCAUGCCAUAUAUCCACUCACAAGUCACAACUUUGUUAAUGAUAGCCACUGGUGAAUGACAGUGGCUAAGGGUAUUUAUGGAAAUGUAAGCUUAUUAUAGUAGACUGGUAGGCCCUAACUGUGACCCAGACUAAACACUUUUUUUGGGUGAUAAAAAAAAACAAAUGUAAAGGGUGUGGUAGACAAAUAAUGAAAUGAUAUUAGGUAU